GUAACGCGUCGCAGCGGUCCUGGCUGUGACUUCUAGGACGGCUGAGACCCGGGAGGUUUGUGGAACUGAAUCCCCUCCAGGGUCUUUAUGUUUGUUUUGUGAUGGCUGCGGCCACUGCAGUGGUCACGCCUUCGGGUCUGGAUGAUGGGGUGUCUCGGUCUCGCGGCGAAGGGGCUGGAGAGAUGGUCGUGGAGCGAGGGCCUGGAGCGGCCUACCACAUGUUCGUGGUGAUGGAGGAUUUGGUGGAGAAGCUGAAGCUGCUCCGCUAUGAGGAGGAAUUCCUCAGGAAGAACAACAUGAAGCCCCCAUCCAGACACUAUUUUGCAUUGCCUACCAACCCUGGUGAACAGUUCUACAUGUUUUGCACGCUAGCUGCUUGGCUGAUUAACAAAGCAGGACGUCCCUUUGAACAGCCUCAAGAAUACGAUGACCCUAAUGCAACAGUAUCUAACAUAUUAUCAGAGCUUCGAUCAUUUGGAAGAACUGCAGAUUUUCCGCCUUCAAAAUUAAAGUCUGGUUAUGGAGAACACAUAUGCUAUGUUCUUGACUGUUUAGCUGAAGAAGCAUUGAAAUAUAUUGGUUUCACCUGGAAAAGGCCAACAUACCCAGUAGAAGAAUUAGAAGAAGAAACUGUACCAGUAGAUGAUGCAGAACUAACAUUAAAUAAAGUGGAUGAAGACUUUGUGGAAGAAGAGACAGACAACGAAGAAAACUUUAUUGAUCUCAAUGUUUUGAAGGCCCAGACCUUUCGCUUGGAUAUGAACGAAUCUGCCAAACAAGAAGAUAUUUUAGAAUCUACAACAGAUGCUGCAGAAUGGAGUCUAGAAGUGGAACGUGUACUACCACAACUGAAAGUCACGAUUAGGACUGACAAUAAGGAUUGGAGAGUCCACGUUGACCAAAUGCACCAGCACAAAAGUGGAAUCGAAUCUGCUCUAAAGGAGACCAAGGGGUUUUUGGACAAACUGCACAGUGAAAUAAGUAGAACUCUGGAAAAGAUUGGCAGCCGAGAGAAAUACAUCAACAAUCAGCUCGAGCACUUGGUUCAAGAAUACCGUGCAGCUCAAGCCCAACUGAGUGAGGCUAGGGAGCGAUACCAGCAGGGAAACGGAGGAGUCACUGAAAGGACCAGGCUCCUAUCUGAGGUAACAGAAGAAUUAGAAAAGGUAAAACAAGAAAUGGAAGAGAAAGGCAGCAGCAUGACUGAUGGUGCUCCUUUGGUGAAGAUUAAACAGAGCUUAACAAAACUGAAGCAAGAAACUGUUCAGAUGGACAUUAGAAUCGGUGUUGUGGAACACACUUUGCUGCAGUCAAAACUGAAGGAGAAGUCCAACAUGACACGGGAUAUGCAUGCAACAAUCAUUCCAGAAUCUACAAUAGGCUCUUAUUAAAGCAGUUUGUUUUCCAUGCUUCUGAUUCAUUGUUUUUUAUAUCAAAUUAUAGCUCAUGUUGCAUUGUUUUCAAAACACAAUUAUGUACAUCUUAAAGUGUGUCCAACGAGUAUUUUUAUAUGUACACAUACAUUUUAUCAUAGUGAUUAUGGAUGAUUGAAGCCUUUAAAUUGAAUACAAUAUUUAAUAAACGAAUUAAAAAGGCUCACUUUCAA